UUUUAAGAGUAACUCUGCGCAUGCGCAUCCCUCUCGUGUCUUCGACCUCUACUUACAAACCGCAGACACUGAAUCACUGCCAGCUCCUUUGGGUGACCUGAAGUCUCGUCGUCAUGUAUGCCUGCGCUAAAUUCGUCUCCACGCCCUCUCUGGUCCGUGCUGGAUCUCGGGCACUGUACAGGCCGCUGUCAGCAGCAGUAGUGUCAGAUGCCAGGAAAGCAGAGACUGCUUCCCUCCUGGUACCACAGAGUAUCAUUGCCUCCCAGCAGCAGGUGGCACUGCGGGCAUUUCAGACCAGCGCUGUGAGCCGUGACAUCGACACCGCUGCAAAGUUCAUCGGAGCAGGCGCUGCCACUGUGGGAGUGGCUGGAUCUGGAGCUGGGAUUGGAACAGUGUUCGGUAGCCUUAUUAUUGGAUAUGCCAGGAAUCCCUCUCUGAAACAGCAGCUGUUCUCCUACGCCAUCUUGGGCUUCGCUCUGUCCGAAGCUAUGGGUCUCUUCUGUCUGAUGGUGGCAUUCCUCAUCCUGUUUGCCAUGUAAACCAGUUUGGCAUUUGCUGUAAAAGAAUACAUCACAAUGUUAACAAUAAUGAGCGGUUUGGAUGCCCAUGAAUGGUACAAUGACUUCAGCCAAUCGUGUGGCUUAGGUGACAUUGGUGUUUCUUAAAUUAUUGUGAAGUCACUGAUGUAUGAAACUCGAGCAAACCGUACUCCUCCUUUGAUGCUGGUUUUGCCAGUAUGUUGUAUAUUUAAUCAAAUGUUUUUGUUAACAAACACACAACCAAUAACAGAAGUAAAACAUUCAA